GCUUCCUCCUUUCUUCUCUUUCCCCCCCUUUUUCCUCUCUCCCUACAUCAGCUCCUCACUUUGACUUGUGCUUAUAUGAACGGGAGCCAGAAAACCUUGAGAGCUCCAAACUAAGCUUCGGCACGGACAUGGCACAGGAGAAAAUGGAACUAGGCUUGGAGGUGCUGCCGAGUUCAACCACCACAGAAGACAACACUCUGAGAAGAUCCAACAGCGUCCCUUUGAUCAGUGGGCUUGGUGGCAAUACACAGGUGUUCCAAUCUGACACAUUAAGAACUCGAAGAAACAGUACAUCGUGUAUGGCACAGCACUGUCUGGAAAUCACCCCACGCAAAAGUAAUAUUCUGUCUCUGUUCAUUGCUACAGUUGGUCAAAAUGUUGACGAUGGUGACCUCAUCCACACCUUUAGUCUUGAUGGCCGUUUCAAUGUUCAUAGCAUCCCGCUCAGCAUCCCAGUUGGUUUUGUGCCACCUUCUCCCAUUCAGGCUUCCACCAGUCACCUUCAUCAAAUCAAACAGGAAGAAGCCAUGGAUUUAAUGAAUAGGGAAACAAUGCAUGAAUGGUGAGUACAAACUGCAAUACAGAUGGGUCAGUCUUGGAAAGAAACUUUGAAGUAUGAAGAAGUCAAAGUCCCAACCAACACUAUUAGACCAAGUAUCCUUGGACCAUUAAAAAUAAAAGGUGAAAUGACAUUUGAACAUCAGCCAAAGAGAUUUUUCCAAGACACAACCAACGUGCUUUCUUCUGAUACUACCCAGCUAUCUGAUAGGAAUGUAUUUCUAUCUUCAGAUGCUCUUGAUAGAAACAGCAGCAGUGCAGGGUCUUCUCAUAAUUCACCAGCUAAAAUCAGCACUGUCACAAACUCUCCUGUGUUGCCUUCUGAUUUUAGUUCUCUAUUUAUUCUAGCAGAUGAGCUUUUAACUAAGUGGUUUACCUAUCCCAAGACUCUCCCCAAUACACAUGACAGCGAAAGUCAUGAUGACAUUAAACUUCAGAAGGCCUUAAGAAAAUAUUUAGGAAAUUAG